AUGCUUCGCUCCGUUGAUGUUGGUAUUUCUCUUGGGGAAGGGCCCUUCUGUAAGACUGCGCUGUGUGUUAACCGCUUUAUAUAUAUGCUCUCUAUUGAUGGAUUCUUAGUGAAAGUCAGAAUGGAGGAUUGUUCUGCAUCUGUCAUCCCUCUUCCAAAUGGGUCAUAUGAAUGGCGUUUUCAACAGAUAUGCCGAUCGAAUUAUUCUGAUUUCCUGUAUGUCCAUGUUGAUGGUUUCGACAUUCGAAUAUGGUCGUAUUUGUCAGAUACCUGGACUCCUGUCUUUAGGAUUCAUGUUCCUUCUAUAUUUGCCUGUCACAUUGAUAUUGUGGAAAGCCUUAAUUGUAUUGAGUGGGACACGUCAAGGAGUGGCUGGGGGGAGUUUUUGACAAUGUACGGUGUCUCCGAUGGGGUUGAGCAUAUUAUCAUGGGGAUUAAUGGUGUUGAGCAUUUAUAUCUACUGGAUUCUAUUAAUGGAACAGUGACGUUAAUUGGAUCCAACGAAGAAUUAAUUGAGAUUUCACCUUUUGUCACCUCUUGGAUCCCUUCAUUUCCGACUUUAAAGGAAAAGAGUGCUGAAAUUGAAUACGAAUGUCUUGAUAUAUUAGGUGAUGUGUUUGAUAGAUCUGGCAACGUGAUCACGAAAGAUCAUGCGUAUAUGCUCACUGCACUUUUAUCCCAGCUGAGCUCCACUGAAGCAAGUGUCAGAAAAAAGACUGUUUCGUGCAUUGCAUCGCUUGCUCCAUGUUUGUCAGAUGAUCUAUUAGCCAAGGCAACUUUGGAGGCUGUCCAAUUGCUGAAAAAAAGAAGGCAGAAGUCUGAAAUAACCCGAACGAAUAUCCAGAUGAUUGGUGCUCUAAGCUGCUCGGUUGGAUACCGGUUUGGACCACACCUUGCCGAAGCCGUUCCUUUGCUCAUAAGCUAUUGCACAAGUGCAUCAGAAAAUGAUGAAGAGCUCCGUGCAUGCAGCCUGCAGGCCCUCGAGAGUAUUAUGCUCAGAUGUCCAAGAGAUAUUUCCCCAUAUUAUGAGGGUAUUUUGAAUCUUGCUUUGGAAUAUGUAAGCUAUGACCCUAAUAUCACCGAUAGCAUGAAGGAGGAUGCUCACGGUGAAGUUCAGGAUGAGGAAGACGAUGAUGAGAGUGCGUCUGAAUACAAAGAUGACAAGAAUGCAAGCUGGAAGGUUCGUCAGGCAUCAGCGAAGUGCCUGUCUGCAAUUAUUGUAUCUUGUCCUCAGAUGUUGUUUAAGAUGUAUCAGGAGGCUUGUACGAAGUUAAUCAACCGCUUUAGGGAAAGAGAGGAGAAUGUAAAGAUGGACAUUUUCAAUACAUUUAUCGAGUUGUUACGCCAAACUGGUAAUGUGACAAAAGGACAAGGUGACAUUGAUGAGUCUAGCCCUAGAUGGUUGCUGAAGCAAGAGGUACCCAAAGUUGUCAAGUCUAUCGAUAGUCAGUUAUAUGAAAGAUCAAUCAAGACAAAGGUUGGAGCAUUCUCAGUAUUGAAGGAGCUUGUUGUUCUAUUACCAGAUUGUCUUGCUGAUCAUCUUGGGUCCCUUGUUCCUUGGAUUGAGAUGUAUUUGAAUGAUAAAUCUUAUACCUCCAGCCUGAAGAUUGAAGCCCUUGCAUUUACUAGGAUUCUUAUGGCCCCACAUUCGCCCUCUGUGUUUCAUCCAUACAUCCAGAUAUUAUGUGAUGCAAUAGUAUCUGCUAUUGGAGAUAUAUAUUACAAAGUCACCGCUGAUGCUCUACGGGCGUGCGGGGAGCUAGUCCGGGUUCUCCGUCCAAAUUUUGAGGCACGUUCCAUAAAUUGCAGGCCAUAUAUUAGUCCAAUCUAUGAAGCUAUAUGGGCCCGCUUGGCCAAUCAAGAUCAGGAAGUUAAUGAGUGUGCCAUAUCGUGCAUGAGCCUUGUGAUCGCUACUUUUGGUGAUGGUCUUCAAAGGGAAUUACCGUCAUGCCUAUCCUUACUUGUUGACAGGAUGAGCUAUGAAAUAACACGACUUACAGCAGUCAAGGCAUUUGCGGUGCUUGCGAAUUCACCUCUUCGGAUUGAUCUUUCAUGUGUCCUGGACCGUGUCGUUUCUGACCUUACAACUUUCCUUCGAAAGGCUAACAGAGCCCUUAGGCAGGCAACAACAGGAACCCUAAAUUCUCUGGUUGUUACAUAUGGGGAUCAAAUUGGCCUGUCCUCUUAUGAGACUAUAAUAGCUGAACUAUCUAUUCUUAUAAGUGACAUCGACUUGCAUAUGUCUGUUCUUGCGUUGGAACUCUGUCGCACAAUAAUGGUCGACAGAAGUUCCUUCCAAAAUGUUGGUUUAGCUGUGAGACAUAAAGUUUUGCCUCAGGCCCUUAUUUUGAUCAGGAGUGCUUUGUUACAAGGACGAGCACUAGAGGCGCUGCAGAAGUUUUUUACUGCACUGGUCCAGUCUGCAAAUACAACCUUUGAAACUUUGUUGGGCUCCCUUAUUUCCACUGCCAAACAGUCACAGUUGGGCGGCCUUGCCAAGCAGGCACUAUCCUCUAUUGCACAGUGUGUUGCUGUGCUAUGCUUAGCAGCUGGUGAUCAGAAGUGUGCAUUGACUAUUGAAAUGCUCGAAGGCAUUCUAAAUGAUGUCAGUUCUACUGAUACUGCUAAACAACACAUUGCCUUGUUAUGUUUGGGAGAAAUUGGAAGAAGGAAGGACCUCAGCAACCAUGUUCAAAUUGAGAACACUGUAAUUGAAUCAUUCCAGUCACCUUCGGAGGAGAUAAAAUCUGCAGCAUCGUACGCUCUCGGAAACAUUGCUGUUGGCAAUCUAUCCAAGUAUUUGCCAUUUAUCUUGGAUCAGAUUGACAAUCAACAGAAGAAUCCGUAUCUCUUGCUUCAUUCACUGAAAGAGGCAGGUAAUUGCAUGGCAGUCUGUUGA